AUGUCUACGGUGGCUGGUAAGAGAGGCCCAUCGGUCCUAGUCACUGACGCCCGAGAAAGACCUCAAAUUGCUCGUACCCUCUCCCAACGACCAAAUAUCAACGGCCAGAACGUAGUCAGAAAUCGCGCACCGACACGCUUAAUCUCCGUCGACAAUGUCCUUCAAUACGCCUCCGAAAUCCCCUCUGGCCAAGCACGAGGCCCGCCUGGUCGCAGACCAGUUACUCCUACCCAACGAAAACCCAAUACUGCUGCUCUAGGCGCGAGUACGAGAAUCGCGCAGCAGAACGUGCCGGGUAGGAGCACAAAGGUCGUGGAGAAGCUGGUCCUCAUCCCAGAGACGGAAAAUGAGGUUGAGGAUUCUGACGAAGAUGGCGGCGAGUUUGGCAAAUUGCGGUUGGAUGGGGAUCUGUCGCCGUUAAGGGAUGCGGAGAUGGAUGUCCUGAAGAAGCGGGGUGGUGUCAGGGGGAAGAGUUAUGCGGAGCGUCUGCCCAAGGCGAAGAGAGCAGAGAAGUUGGCGCGGGUGACGGCGUAUUGUACGGCACAGAGCUAUAAGCCCAAAGCUAUGGCUACAUUUGUCAAAGAGAAGCAUGGGGCGAAGACGAAGCUGUAUGAUGAUUGUCUCUACACCGUGUACCACUUGCCUUUGUUGCCCGGGCAUGAGGGAUUUAGGAUUAGGAGUAGUCCUGUGUUGAAGAGUCCUGGCGGGAAGGCGGUGCUGGAUGAGGAGAUUGAGAGGAGUGAGCAGAGGGAUUACCAUGAAGGGUAUUUCGAAGAUACAGAUAAGUAUGGUGUGAGAGGUGGGGAGGAGAGUCCGAGUAACGAGAGUGAGGAGAUGAGGAAUCGGAGAGAGGAAGAUGGCCGGAGAAUGAGGGAGGAAACCAGGUUGAGGGAACAGGGGAAGAGAGGAGACAGCCCAAAUCGGAUCGCUCCUGAUGCCACUACUUUCGGUGAAAUGUUUGUUUUUUCCUACGGAGUAGUGGUAUUCUGGAAUUUCACUGAACGUCAGGAAAAGGAUAUCUUGGCCGACUUGACUUUCUCCGAACACGAAACGGGCGUAUCUCUCGUGAUACGUCCUGUAAAGGAAGACGAGUACGAGACGGAAGAGCUGCAUUUCGAGUACAGCCCGCUGGCCGAACGGCCGCGCAUUUUCAAUGACAUGAUUACGCUGAGAAGUGGAGAUCAUAUGAUCAAGCUCACUAUGAGCCACGCCAUCGCACAAAGUACCAAGCUGAGCUUCUUCGAGGAGAAGAUGAACCAGACAAUGUCAAAUGCGGAAGAUGUGCCCAAAUCACUAGCUCUGACUGGCAAUCUGGGCAUGAGUCGGAAGGAGAUUCUGCAAAUUCUCGGACGGCUUUUCCAGAGUCGGGUGAACGUUAAUCUCUCUUCCAAUAUCCUCGACGUUCCCAACUUCUUCUGGGACUCGGAACCCACCCUGCAUCCGCUCUACAUCGCCCUCCGCGAGUACAUGGAAAUUGCCCCUCGCAUCAAGGUCCUCAAUGAGCGCUGCCGUGUCUUUGUGGAACUCGCCGAGAUUCUCAGCGACAGCAUCGCCGACGCCAAGAUGACUGUCAUUACCUGGAUCGUUAUCGUGCUGAUCGUGAUUAGUAUUCUGAUCACGACUACAGAGGUUGGGUUGCGGUUUAUCAUGUUGCAGAAAGGGAAGUUAGAUAGGGACGCAGUGGUUGGUGGGCUGAGGAUAGGUUUGGCAGCGGCGGGGAGGAACUGGAAGAGUGGUGAUUUUACGGAAAAGCAGCUGGGUGAUAUCUGUGGAGCUCAGUGGGUGGGAAAGACGAUCGGGGACUUGUAA